UGUGAAACAACCCACAGAAAGGACCAGAGAGGUCCAGUUUUUCGAACGGAACCCUCUUCGAGGGUUGAAUUUUCAAACAGCAGCGGGACUGAGCUUCGGUGCAGUGCGGAUGGAACACCCACACCCCGUCUGACGUGGCAGACGAGAGACGGAGGAAUUGCACGUGACAUCUCCGGUCUUCGUUUUACCCGAUCUGAUGGAACCCUUGUGUUCCCACCAUUCUCGAGGAGUGAUUUUCGACAAGAUGUCCACGACUCAGUUUAUCAGUGUUUGGCUUCCAAUCUUAUUGGGUCUAUCAUCAGUCGAGAAGUCCAUGUCAAAGGAGUGAUUAAACAGCGAUUCAAUCCUCAAGUGUAUGAUGAUUUUGUGGUGAGAGGAAACACAGCAGUUCUGAGAUGUCAUUUGCCCACUUUUGUCAAAGAGUAUGUCACGGUGGAUUCAUGGAUAAGGAAUGACGAUUACGUUCUCAAAAUGGCCGAUACCAGAAUUCGAUCCCACACUGUUUUGUUUUCUGGUGAGCUUCUAAUCCACGAGACGCAAGAGAAAGACGCAGAAUGGAGUUAUCGAUGCCAGACAAGACACCGACUGACGGGUGAAAUGGUGGUGAGCAUCAGCGCUGGAAAGAUAACUGUGACUGAGCCACAUGCUUCCACCUUGCCAAGAGUGACAUUUAGUCAAGGACAGGUGAGGACAGAAGAAGGUUCAGCCGCACAGCUGUCCUGCGUCGCACAGGGAAAUCCUCCCCCUGCCUACAGAUGGAUGAAGGACGUGAAUGGUGUUUUGAGUAAUGUCAAAGAAGACGGUAGAGUGUGGCUAGUGCAGGGUACACUCAACUUCAGGAAAGUACUGCGAACGGACGCGGGCAAAUACCAGUGCAUUGUUCGUAACAGCAUAGGAGAGAGGCGGUUCGAGAGCGCCCUCAUUGUUACAGCGUCAUUGCAGGCUUCGCUUUUACCACCCCAUCAGACCCUCAACACAGGACAGGAAGGAACGUUUACGUGCAACGUCAGUGGCUAUCCCGUGCACACAAUAUCUUGGAAGAAAGACCAGAGGCCGAUCGUUCCUUCGAAUCGAAUCCAGCUAGUGACGAGAGACGUGCUGCACAUCACUGCCUUGAGACGUGAAGACAGAGGGAUGUAUCAGUGCUUCGUCUACAAUGAAAACGAUGGUGCGCAGGGGACGGCCGAAUUGAAAAUCUCAGAUGUCCCACCAAGUCUAAUAUCAGUUUUUCCGGAACAAACUGCACAUCCUGGUUCACUUGUCUCUUUGAAAUGCACAUCAACUGGUAACCCUCCACCUAGAAUCACGUGGUACUUGGACGGUGGGGUUGUGUCCAGAACUGGAAGGAUUACCCUGGGCGAUUAUAUCACCGAACACGCUAAUGUGGUGAGUUUUCUUAACAUAAGUGACGCAAGAGUGGACGAUGGCGGUGAAUACAAAUGCCAAGUCAGCAAUGACGUUGGGAGCACCUUCCACGCAGCGAGACUUAAUGUCUACGGACCGACAUUCAUAAGACCCAUGUCGAAUGUGACUGCUAUUUCGGGUGAAGAUCUGAUCGUCCGAUGCCCGUAUGGUGGUUACCCGAUAAAAGGCGUCAGAUGGUUCAAAAGUGGCAUCCUCUUACCAUUGAACCACCGACAAAAGGUGUCCCACGGCGGGACGCUGACCAUUCAGAGUGUCCAAAGAGCAGCUGAUGAAGGUGAAUACAGUUGCGUCGUUCGCAGUAUGGAUGGUGAAAUGGCAACGGGAGCAACAUUUGUUUCAGUAGUGGUAUCGCCCGUGAUUGAUCCCCACUUCUUUCGAGAGAGUAACACUGUGGACGAAGGUGCCAGAACAAAGUUGGUUUGCAUCGUGACCAAAGGGGACCCGCCUCUGCGAUUUCAUUGGUUGAAAAAUGGAUUACCCUUCAUUGCACACGGUGACACCACUGUCCAGACAACGGAAGAUUCAUCGAUUGUUGCUUUCAAGAGAGUCACGUCAGCCGACAGAGGGAUGUACACCUGUGUUGCCACCAAUGUGGCCUCCUCUGCCAACAUGACCAUGCAACUCAUAGUUAAUGUUCCUCCUCAGUGGACUGUUGAACCUAGGAACUCUAGUGUUGUACUAGGGAAUACUGUGUGGAUGGAUUGCGCCUCAGUAGGUUUUCCUGCCCCUAGUGUUCUAUGGAAAAAGCUCAUCUAUACAGAGAACACAGCUGGUGAUUUCACUUAUGUGCAUUCCAGUCCUAGAGCUCAUCGUUACAACAACGGAACAUUAGUCAUCUCGGAUGCUGAAGAAAACGAUGCGGGUGCUUAUCUCUGCCAGGCUAAUAAUGGAAUCGGAGCUGGACUCAGCAAAAUUAUCUCCCUCCAGGUUUUGGUUCCUCCCAGAUUUAAAGAUUCCUUUCAAAACAGAGCCACCAAAGAAGGAAUGAAUGCCACCAUCAAAUGUGACGCCACUGGACACACGCCCAUCACCAUCAGUUGGCAGAAAGACAAAACGAUACUGGAUGCUAAAUCGAACAAAAGAUACUUCAUUAGAAAUAUAUCGAAGAAACAUCAGACAACCUCUGAGCUUCAGAUCUUCAAUGCGAUGCGAAAUGAUUCGGGAAAAUAUAGUUGCACUGCAGUCAGCGACAUCGGGAUGGACGAAUCAAUAAUCCAAUUCCUGGUGCAAGGUUUUCCAGACGCUCCAUCUAACGUGACAGUGACCAACACGACCAGCAGAUCUGUGAGCUUGAUUUGGGAUGUAGCUCAUAACGGAAACAGCCAUAUUACAGGAAGUAUUGUUCAAUAUCAAACAUUAUCAGAUACUCAUUGGAACGGGCAGACGUCGCAGCUGAUUGUGUCUGGAGCAGAAAAUAGCGCGACUCUUCGAGCACUCACUCCAGUCACUUUGUAUUUCGUAAGAGUUCUCUCCGAGAACGCUAUUGGACAAAGCAAGCCCAGUGCCGUCAUCAACAUUACAACUGAAGAAGAAGCGCCCUCUGGGACACCCAAAGAUGUGCAGGUUCAUUCAACGGGUGCGCAAUCUAUAAAAGUAACUUGGAAACCUCCACCGGAAGAAGCUCAGCACGGACACAUCAAGGGCUAUUACAUCGGAUACAGGAUUUCUGGUUCUGAAGAGAGUUACACCUUCAAACAAGUCGAAAGCUCGGAGAAGGAACCUCAGUCUACGUACAUAACGGGCCUUCAACCCUUCACCAUGUAUGACAUCGUCGUGAAGGCGUACAACUCAGCCGGAUCGGGUCCGAAAACAGACAAAAUAACGGGCAAAACUCUAGAAACAGCCCCUCCGACUUCUCCUAUAGUUGAGAUUGUUGGUGCCACUUCUUCAACCAUCAGCAUCCGAUGGAAAAAGGAUCUUAAAGACAAAUCUGCUGUCCCAGAGUACAACAUUCAUUACAAAAGUGAUGAGGAAGAGUGGAAAGUAGACAAACUCGGAAGUAAAAAAGAACGGUACACUAUACACAAUUUAAAGUGCGGUACCAGAUACCAACUUUAUAUGACAGCAUCCAACAGCCUAGGAACGGGGGAACCAAGCACUCCAGUAUUUGCUAGGACAGAAGGAGCAGCCCCGAUGUCUCCACAUGAAUCAGCUUUCAUAGUACCGAAUGCGACCUCUGUCACACUCAUCAUGUCUGCGUGGAAGAUCAGCGGGUGUCCCAUCAAGCACUUCAUGGUCCAGUAUCGUCCCAAAUACCAAAGCCAGUGGAUACUUUCCACAGAAAAAUUAGAGAUGCCCAGAGAGACUUACCUAUUGCGUCAUUUGGCGCCGGAUCGUGACUACGAUGUGAUGGUGAUUGCUCACAGUGACGCUGGUCUUACGCAGGGGGAAUACGCAAUCAGGACACUUCCUUCAUCAGCAUUAGCGCCAACAUCUUCUCCUGCUUUUGGGAAAAGAGAAACGGACAUGCCCUUCUACAAAAAUGUAGCUCUGGUCGUUCCCGCAGUCGUCAGCUCACUCGUUAUGCUGGUUCUUCUGUUCGCCAUUGUGAUCUGUUUCAGAAAGCACUCACAAGAUCGCCGAGCUCAUCAUGAAUGCGACAACCGAAAACCUUGUACAGAUUCACUUAUGAUGAACGAUAUAUCUAAGCAGUUACCACCCAAGACGGCAAAAUUUUCUCAUUACUCCUGUCCUGGUAAAACGGACUAUGCUGAGCCUUAUACUUGUAAUGAUACUUCCACGAGACAGGGAUCUGAUGGUCUUUUCGCAACCAUUAAAAGGGGUCCUACGAGGCCUAUUUACAUGUCUACUUCUUAUAAACAAGGAGGAGGUGAUUCAUUCUGUUCUCAGCAUGUCUCCUCCCACGAGGAUGGAAAUAGAACAGAUUCAAUAAACAAGGAGAAAUGGAAUAAUCCUCCGAACACUACCAAACCAAUGCGGUGAUAAUGUGAUAUUAAAUCUGGUUUUAAGAACAACUUCCACCGUCCUUUUAACCCUAAAACGGAUUGAUUUGUGACCUACUUCUUUUAAUGGCCAUCUCCAGAAAAAGGCAGAGCACGUGAAAGAAAGGGUCUUUCAAAAAACGACGAUUACGGUACGCCUAUCGCUGUACAACAUUUCUCUAUCCUUGCAAAAGAAAACAAUAUCUGAUGGAUAUCAUGACACAAAAACAUUGUUUGAUAUUGAUAUAAUAGUGUAUGAUAUUUAUCACAUUUCGUGCUAUCAAAGUCUUGAUGUGGUCCACCUGAAGGAGCGUUCCCACUUUUGUGAUAAUUUAUUUGUAAAUCUAAUCGUACAACUAUUGAAUUUGGAGUGCCUUGAGUAGAAUGGAACUUUCUCAAGGAGUUGUUCUUACGAGGCGAUCAAAUAUAUCUUUUGAUUUAAAGGAGACAGUUAAGAGUUAUUAUGAAUAUAUCAUUUAUAAUCAAGAGUUUAAUGACAUCUGUACAGAUUCUGUAAGCGAAAAAAAGGCAUCUUCUUCAUUUAAGCUAUCAUUUUAUGUAACAGAGCCCUUUCAAAUCCUUAAGAAAUUUGGUGUGUGCCAAAAUUUUCUAUCCGUGUCAUAAUAAAGUUUCUAUACAUUUGCACUUCAUGAAAAACAUUUCUGUCUACAUAUAUAAAUUACUUAAAGUACUGGAUAUCGCACUUUUAUUGUCAAUACGAAGUCCUACUUUCACAAAGAUCUCUUCAGCUCAUCGAACUUUUUCAUUUUAUCAGUUAAUUUUCUUUUCUUUUUUGUUAAGAUUUCAAUGGAAAAUUUGCACGCCUGAACGAAAAAAAACUGGGUCUAUUUCUGAAACAAACGAGAAAGAUACCCGAAGUGUCACUCGAUAAUUGAGCUUUAUUCUUUUCUUUAAAUACGUCAUCAAGUUUUAUUACUCCAUCAGACAAAAAAAAAAAAAAAAAAAAAAAACACUGCUGGUUGCUUUUAUAUAAAGCUUUUCUUCUUUAGCUGUAACUUGGACAUUUUUUAAAGGUAAAAGAGUUUUCUAAAAAUACUAUUUAGGGCAUACUUUUUGCUACGUAGACUAAAGCAAAGAACAACACGAAAAAAGCUCAAAUCAAAGUACAGAAAUGGUUAUAUUAUAGUUCCCGUUCUGUAAGCGAGAAUUUUCCUCUGUGUCUAAAUACAACACAAAAUGACGGUAAAAAGUAAAGAUAUAAACACUUGCAGAGUGGUACAUAGGAACAAACUUGAACGAGAUAAUAAAAAAGGAAAAUAGGAAGCAAGUUUAAAGAUAUUUGGUGGUAAUCUUAGGUUGGGUGCAAAAUAUUAAGUAACAAUACAUUUUAAGCGUUGGGAAAGGUUUAAUUAACUGAUGGUUUAGUUAACUGAAUUAUUAGAAUUUUUCACACAAAAAAUAAUAAAUAAAUGGGAUGAUACCCAACAAAUACGAUCUGUAGAUUAAGGGCAGUGUUGAAUUUUUUUUUCGAAUAGAAUGUAGGCCUAUAAUUAGAAUUCCAGCUAUGUAGGGUGAUUUAAGAUCGCUUAAUAUUCGAUAUUUUGACAUAACUUACAUGUUUUGUAAGUCCAAAUUUAAAGAUACGUUUAAAAAACGUUAAACAAGAAACCGAAACUUUAGUAUAUUCAUUUCUUUAUCGUGUUGUUUUCUGCUUUAGACUAAAUGGUUGUUGUUUUCAAUAAAAAAAAUUCAUGCUCAUUUACACACAUCAUUUAUUUUUUUAAUGUGAGAAUUUAUUUACUAAACUAUAGUUCUGCAGAGAAAUCAUUCAAUUUUUUUUCCAAACAAAUCUAGUUGAAAUUGAUAUUUUUUUAAGAUUUUUUGCUAAUAGCAUUUGCAUUGGCGCUACCAGAGCAAAAUAACCACACAAAAAUUUAUAUAUUAUUUAAUUCAUAACAUUCCGAUUGAUGCUUCAGAUAUCUUUCUCGUAAAUGGGUUGUAAAAAAAUGCACAGUUUUGAGCAGUGGAAAAAUUUAAGAAUUAUAUUAAUUCUACGGUGUUGAACAAGUUGUUGGCGAAUUAUAUUAAUUCUGUCAUCCUCAGUUUUUGUUAUAUCAUAUUCAUGUGUUUAUUCUACUGGUGUUACUCUUGAUGUAAAUAAAUG